UUUCGAAGUGCGAGCGUCGACGUUUUAUUUCUGCGGCUCAGUCGGUUUUCGUUCGUUCUGUUGGAGAAAAGCAGCAAUCACACGUUCGCAAGGUGAACGCGAAGACACAUCAAAUUGUAGAAACAGAAUAAAGCAAAAUGUCCAACCUUAAGCGUUUCGAUGAUGAGGAGCGUGAGUCCAAAUAUGGACGUGUCUUCGCUGUCUCGGGUCCUGUCGUCACCGCCGAGGCCAUGUCCGGAUCAGCUAUGUACGAGUUGGUCCGCGUCGGCUACUACGAGCUGGUGGGCGAGAUCAUCCGUCUGGAGGGCGACAUGGCCACCAUCCAGGUGUACGAGGAGACCUCCGGCGUCACCGUGGGCGAUCCCGUGCUGCGUACCGGCAAGCCCCUCUCCGUGGAGCUGGGACCCGGCAUCAUGGGCAGCAUCUUUGACGGUAUCCAGCGUCCCCUGAAGGACAUUAACGAGCUGACCGAGUCCAUCUACAUCCCCAAGGGUGUGAACGUGCCCAGUUUGUCGCGCGUGGCCAGCUGGGAGUUCAACCCGCUGAACGUCAAGGUCGGCUCCCACAUCACCGGAGGAGAUCUGUACGGUCUGGUGCACGAGAACACCCUGGUCAAGCACAAGAUGAUCGUCAAUCCCCGCGCCAAGGGUACCGUGCGCUACAUCGCCCCCUCGGGCAACUACAAGGUCGACGAUGUCGUCCUGGAGACGGAGUUCGACGGCGAGAUCACCAAGCACACCAUGUUGCAGGUGUGGCCAGUGCGUCAGCCGCGUCCCGUGACCGAGAAGCUGCCCGCCAACCAUCCCCUGCUCACCGGCCAGCGUGUCCUCGACUCGCUCUUCCCCUGUGUCCAGGGCGGUACCACCGCCAUUCCCGGAGCCUUCGGUUGCGGCAAGACUGUGAUCUCGCAGGCCCUGUCCAAGUACUCCAACUCCGAUGUCAUCAUCUACGUCGGUUGCGGCGAGCGUGGUAACGAGAUGUCUGAGGUACUGCGUGAUUUCCCCGAGCUGUCCGUGGAGAUCGACGGUGUGACCGAGUCCAUCAUGAAGCGUACCGCCCUGGUGGCCAACACCUCCAACAUGCCUGUGGCUGCCCGUGAGGCCUCCAUCUACACCGGUAUCACUCUGUCUGAAUACUUCCGUGACAUGGGUUACAACGUGUCCAUGAUGGCUGACUCUACGUCUCGAUGGGCUGAGGCUCUUCGUGAGAUUUCGGGUCGUCUGGCUGAGAUGCCCGCCGAUUCCGGCUACCCAGCCUACCUGGGCGCCCGUCUGGCCUCCUUCUACGAGCGUGCCGGUCGCGUCAAGUGCCUGGGUAACCCCGAGCGCGAGGGUUCCGUGUCCAUUGUGGGCGCUGUGUCGCCUCCUGGUGGUGACUUCUCCGAUCCCGUGACCUCCGCCACCCUGGGUAUCGUGCAGGUGUUCUGGGGUCUCGACAAGAAGCUGGCCCAGCGCAAGCACUUCCCCUCGAUCAACUGGCUUAUUUCGUACUCCAAGUACAUGCGUGCCCUGGACGAUUUCUAUGACAAGAACUUCCCCGAGUUCGUGCCGCUGCGUACCAAGGUCAAGGAGAUCCUGCAGGAGGAGGAGGAUCUGUCUGAGAUCGUGCAACUGGUCGGCAAGGCUUCGCUGGCCGAGACCGACAAGAUCACUCUGGAGGUGGCCAAGCUGCUGAAGGACGAUUUCCUGCAGCAGAACUCGUACUCCUCGUACGAUCGCUUCUGCCCCUUCUACAAGACCGUCGGCAUGCUGAAGAACAUCAUCGACUUCUACGACCUGGCCCGCCACUCCGUGGAGUCGACGGCCCAGUCCGAGAACAAGAUCACCUGGAAUGUGAUCCGUGAGGCUAUGGGCAACAUUAUGUACCAGCUGUCGUCCAUGAAGUUCAAGGACCCCGUUAAGGAUGGUGAGGCCAAGAUCAAGGCUGACUUCGAGCAGCUGCACGAGGACCUGCAGCAGGCCUUCAGGAAUCUGGAGGACUAGAGCGUUGGCCCUACUUUUACACUCUAAUCUUAUAUUUGUUAUAUAGUUAACUUUUAAAAAAGAAAGCAGUCAAAAACCA